GAAACGAGGGGAAAGUGCGACUCCUUUGGCUCAGGAAGAGAAAGAAAGAAAGAUGGCGGGUUGCAGGACUUCAUGGCUUCUCCUCCUCCAGCUUCUUCUCCCUUUCGUCCUCGGAGACGGGAGCGAUGCGGAGAGCGGCUGGGACCCCGCGGGAUACCUUCUCUACUGCCCCUGCAUGGGGAGAUUUGGGAACCAAGCAGACCAUUUUCUGGGCUCUUUGGCGUUUGCUAGGAUGUUGAAUCGGACCUUAGCUGUGCCCCCCUGGAUUGAGUACCGGUAUCACAGGCCUCCCUACACAAAUCAGCACGUCCCUUACAAAGAAUACUUCAAGCUGGCACCGCUGCUGAAAUAUCACCGAGUCAUUGCCUUGGAGGAGUUUAUGGAGAAGCUGGCCCCUGUUCACUGGCCUCCUGGCAAGAGGGUGGCAUACUGUUUCGAAUCGGCAGCUCAAAGGACUGUGGAUAAAAAGACUUGCCCCAUGAAGGAUGGAAACCCCUUUGGCCCGUUUUGGGAUCAGUUUGAAGUGGAUUUCGACAAGUCAGAGUUGUUUGGAGGCCUUGCCUUUAGUUCCUCUUACAAGGACCACUGGAUCCAAAGAAAAUAUCCACCAGCUGAACAUCCUGAGAUGGUUCCUCCUCUCUCAGCCCAAUUCCCAGUUUUGGAGGAGUACCUGUCUUUGCAUCGGUUCAUGGUGUGGUCAGAUGAAAUGGUGGAGAAGGGCGAGUCUUCCAUCCGUUCGUUCCUGGUCAGACCCUAUGUGGGAAUCCAUUUGCGUGUGGGUUCAGACUGGAAAAACGCAUGCAACAUGCUGAAGGAUGGCACAGCCGGGUCCCACUUAAUGGCUUCGCCGCAGUGUGUGGGCUACGAUCGGAACACUGCUGCACCACUCACCAUGGACAUGUGCUUGCCAGGCCUGAACGAGAUCAAGCGAGCCCUCAAACUCUGGGUGAAGAAGGUCGAUGCCAAAGCUGUGUACAUUGCCAGUGAUUCGGAACCCUACACCAGUGAGAUACAGCAGCUUUUUAAGCAAAAGAUAAAAGUGGUUUAUUUACAGCCGGAGGUGGCCCAGAUAGACCUGUACAUCCUUGGUCAGUCUGACCACUUCAUUGGGAACUGUGUCUCCUCUUUUACUGCCUUUGUGAAACGAGAGCGUGACUUACAGGGGAGGCCGUCCUCCUUCUUUGGCAUGGACUACCCUCCCAAGCUGCGAGACGAACUGUAGCCUGCAGGCAAAGGAAGGCAUCAGGAUCUGCUGCUGGCACAUGACUUGGGUCAGUCCAAGGCCCCCUUCGAAGCAAGGUGGGCUCGAUGCAAUAUUCCAGAUUAAUUCUGGUUUCAAUCACUGGUGUAUUACUAAUCCAAAGCCCAAAAGGAGAAGAGGAAUGUUUCCCUACCAUUUCCCCUUCUCCUAGUUCUGUGGUGGAAUUGGCCAGUCUACUCUCUGCUACUUACAUUUCCCUCUUCCCCUUCCCAUGCUGUGUUACUACCUCUUCUGGAUCUGGUGGCUCAUCUGGUGAUUGUUUUUAAUACACAGUAUUUUCAUAACAAAAGGAAAAAUCAAGAAAAAAAGGAAGUGUUCGGAACCAAGAGCACUUUUUCUAUAUCAUGGAACUAAUUGACUCGUAACUUGCCUCCUGUGGUUCAAUUUAUUUGUUUGCAAAAUGGAUGUGAUUGUUCUUUGCCCUGCUGGGAGUGGGGAGACAGCAAAUUAAUUUACAAUUACAUUUUUUUAGGAUCCUCUGAGCCAUAUUGUUCCAAAUAACAUUGGUGCCCUCUGGGCCAGUUGGUUUGUUUGCAGCAACCCAAGUCACAGGACUUCUGAUAUUUGGGUGCAUAGAAUUCAUGAAAAAGAAAACAGUUUACAUAAGAGGAGCUUUCCAGCAAUAUUGUAUUUUACAGAAAUUAUGGUUUAAAUGUUGCAUAAAUUGGAAGCAAACAGCCAACUCUUUAAAAUAACAAUGAUUCUGAGUAAAAGUAUUAUUUGACUUUAUUGGACACAAUUAGUAAGGAAUGCAGUAUAUAUUUUACAGGGUUGUUGUAGGUUUUUUCGGGCUGCGUGGCCAAGGUCUAGAGGCAUUCUCUCCUGACGUUUCGCCUGCAUCUAUGGCA